GUUAACUUGUGUAAACCUAUUUCUCUCUGUUUCACCAUCCAUAUUUCUACAUCUCCUUCUCAUGCCUAUCUGCUUCUAUUAUUGAAUUGAAAGGUCACUGACUUUUUCAUUUGAUUGCUUUUUGUAAGCAAUAUUUCUAGUCUCAUUAAUUUCCCUUUUCUUUUGCUAUUCAUUUAUCAACUUGUAUAGAUACAUAGCUACUUUUUAGCCCUUUUUCCUGAGCUCAAUUUAGUGGGAUUAUUUUCAGGCUCUUAUAUUUAUCAUUUCCCAGUUUUGUUCAUCCAAGAUUCCCAUAAAUCUUCAAUUUUCAGUUUUGAAUUAAUUUCUUAAGCUACCCAUCAACAAAAACCAAGAAAAUAAAACUACCCAUCUGAGGUUAGGGUUGUGAAAUGAGAGAAAGAAUGAAUCUUUUAGCUGUCAGAAUAAUUUUUUUCCAUCAUUUUUCAAAAGUAAGCUCAAAAGAAUCUUCUUGCAUUUCACAAUCAGAUCUUUAAUUUUCAGAUUCCUGUGUUUUUGGGUGUUUUGGGUACUUUUCUUUGUUACAUAAUAAGUAACAAAACUGAGAAUUUAAGCUACUUUAAUGGCAGAUUCUAAGCAAAAUAUGGAGUGCUUUAUUUUUAUAUUUGGGAUGUUUUUCUUCAUUUCAACCUCAGUAAUGCAUGUGAAUGGAAUAGGUGCUAAUUGGGGAACACAAUCUAGCCACCCAUUAUCCCCAAGUGUGGUUGUAAGGAUGCUAAGAGAAAAUGGUAUUCAAAAAGUGAAGCUUUUUGAUGCAGAUUAUAACACUUUAAGUGCACUUUCUGGAACUAAUAUAGAGGUAAUGGUUGGGAUACCUAAUGAUAUGCUUUCAACUCUUGCUUCUAGCUCUAAAGCUGCUGAUAAAUGGGUGUCUGAGAAUGUUACCCAACAUUUAAAUAACAAAGUCAAUAUCAGGUAUGUCGCAGUUGCUAACGAGCCAUUCUUAGCAACCUACAACGGAACUUUCCUGAGAACAACCUUUCCAGCUCUCCAAAACAUUCAGAAUUCCCUGAUAAAGGCAGGCCAUGCUAACGCUGUAAAGGCGACAGUUCCUAGCAAUGCUGAUGUGUAUGCAAGUUCUGGUGGCCCCUCUACUGGCGAUUUCCGAACUGAUAUACAUGAUUACAUGAUUCAGAUUGUUAAAUUCUUGAGCGACAAUGGUGCACCUUUCACCGUGAACAUUUACCCGUUCAUAAGUCUCUAUACUGACCCGGACUUCCCUGUGGAGUAUGCUUUCUUUGAUGGCAAUGCUACCCCAGUAACCGACGGUAGUACAAGCUACUACAACAUGUUUGAUGCGAAUUACGACACCCUCGUUUGGGCUUUGCAGAAGAAUGGAUUUGGUAACAUGCCCAUCAUAGUUGGGGAAAUAGGCUGGCCUACAGACGGAGACAUGAACGCUAACGUCAAGUUAGCUCAAAGAUUCAACCAAGGAUUCAUGUCUCACAUAGCAAACGGAAAAGGAACACCGAUGAGGCCAGGUCCCAUCGACGCAUAUUUGUUCAGUUUGAUAGACGAGGAUCAGAAGAGCAUCCAACCCGGAAAUUUUGAACGACACUGGGGAGUUUUUACAUACGAUGGGCUACCCAAGUACCAACUCAAUCUCGGCACUACAAAUUUGGGAUCAUUGGUUCCUGCUAAGGGCGUGCAAUACGAGCAGCGCCAAUGGUGUGUACUAAAACCUUCUGUAAAGCUCGAUGACUCGAGAAUCGCUCCUAGUGUAAGUUACGCUUGUGCACGUGCUGACUGUACGAGUCUUGGAUAUGAAACAUCUUGCGGAAACUUGGAUGCGCAGGGGAACAUAUCCUACGCCUUCAAUAGUUACUACCAAAUACAAGAUCAAGUCGAUGAGGCUUGUAAAUUUGAUGGUCUUGGAGCUGUCACGAAAUCAGAUCCAUCGAGAGAUACUUGCAGAUUCGGAAUCAUGAUUGUGCCCGAAGAAUCUGGAUCGGAACCAAGGUUUCAUGUUCCAGGAAUUGUAUCAUGUAUUAUCAGUAUCAGUAUUCUCUUUUUGACAAUGUAUUGAUUCUUGGGACUUUAAGGUUGUGGGGGUGCCAUCUCUUUUUUCCAUUUUGAUGUAUGUCACCUUAUGACUUGCUGUAAGCAGAAAAAUCUGAUAGCAUCAGGAUUUUGAAACCCAGAUUGUUCAUCAUGUAAAACAGUUCAAUGUAGGCUGUCAAUUACAGCAUGUAACUUCCUUUAUUCCCCUCAAUUUUCUAUAUUUGUCAUUUUGGUAUAUUUUAAUCAUUUUG